GUGUGUGUGUGUGUUAGAACAUCAGACUAAAGAAAAAAAAUAUCUUGAAUUCCAUGACGUACUAAACUGGAUUAAGGAUCUGUUCAUCUGGACUGUGAUGGAAAAAAAACAGGACACACAGUAUUUUGUUAAUUAUUGUCUAGGACUUAAACAGAAGUGAAAUUCAGACAUUUAUGUGGAAAAUGCAUUGUGAAAGGGUGUUUGCGGAAGUCAUUCCUGCGGAAGCUGUUUCAUAAGAAGUGGCACCUGACUCUGUAGCAGCAUAAAAGCAGCCCACAGAAUACAGCUGUCAAAACCAGCAUGACACACACAAGCUGAUUUCCUUCAAAAGGGGAACAGAAGGAACGUUACCAAUUUUACCAUGGAAACAACAGAUUUCAUGCUCGAAUUCUUUUCUAUGGACUAUGCAAACUACACAAAUGAUAACGAGACAGAUGUAGACUCUGUUUACAAUGACCACGGACAUCACAUUUGUAAGGGAGAAAUUCUGUGCAUGUUGCUCCUGGCCGCAAAUGUGAUCAUCAUUGUGCUGGGGGUGGUGGGAAAUGGUGUGGUGAUCUGGAUCGCAGGUUUUAAGAUGAAGAAGACUAUCAACACCACCUGGUACCUCAGCCUGGCCAUUUCCGACUUCAUAUUUUGUGCCACCUUGCCCUUCAACACUUUUUAUAUAGCCACGGAAGACUGGAUCUUCGGACAUUUCAUGUGCAGGUUGACUUCCUUUGUGAUGUUCCUCAACAUGUUCAGCAGCAUCUUUCUUCUUGUCAUCAUCAGCAUGGAUCGUUGCAUAGCUGUCAUGUUUCCUGUGUGGGCACAGAACCAGCGUACGAUAAAGAAGGCUUCAUUGAUUGUUCUCAUCGCAUGGGUUUUAUCGGUGUCCUUGAGUAUGCCGUCUGCCAUUUUCCGUGAUGUUCAGCACCAUCUAGGCAGGACCAGGUGUCACAAUAAUUACUUUAUCGUAGACAGCCACAAAUAUAUAACCAUUUGCCGGUUUAUUUUUGGGUUCCUGAUCCCGUUCCUGUUUAUCAUGGUCUGCUACUCGGUCAUUAUCUGUAAACUGCGAAGCAACCAGAUGGCGAAAUCCACAAAGCCGUUCAAAAUCAUGACAGCUCUUAUUGUGACCUUCUUCUUCUGCUGGGUGCCUUACCACACUUUUGUGCUGGCUGAACUGAACCAAAGCUUUCCCACCAAGAUCAUCAUCUACGGGCUCAGCAUCGGAACCUCCAUGGCUUCAGCCAACAGCUUCCUUAACCCCAUCCUCUACGUCUUCAUGGGCAACGAUUUCAGGCAGAAGUUUAAGAACUCCAUCCUGUCUAAGAUCGAGAACGCGAUAGGAGAAGAAGGACGCACCAUGAGCCGCUACUUAUCCCGUUCCAGUUCUAUGGACGCCAGAGCUUCGACUCACAUCUGAGGAUAAACUAGGAAGCUGAUCGAAAAUCAGGGUUCUGAUUCCUUUGUAUAUAGUGUAUAGUCAUGUUCCUGACUGUGAGAAGAAUAAUCCGUUGCGUUCACUUCGAUUUGAACGAUUCACUUUGAUUUGAAUUGCAUAGCACUUUCGACAAUAUAUUACAAUAAAGUCAAAAAGUUGAUUGAGGGGCAAUCAAAAGACCACAUGAAGAAGCUUUUUCCUCUUUGGAAAACACCCCAGAUGACAGGAUUAUGUAGCUGGUUGGAUUUGCACAAGAACUCGACAUGGAUUUCCAGUCAAAAUUUGGUGCAGUGGAAGUGUAUAACAAUAGAGUGUUUAAAAAAAUGGGCAAAAAAACCCUUCUUUGGAGAGAUUCAACACAUUUCUGAGAAGAAAAUUGCACCGUAUGUAUUUUGCACCACAGGGUCCAUUUUAAUCACCUGUCACUUCACACCUCACAACGAUGAUAUAUGGACGUUCAAUGCCAUCCAGAUGAGGAUUGAAGAUUGGUUCCUCUCAUGUUUCUUCUUCAUGGCAUCUCAUGCCACCACAGUCACCACUGGCUUGCUCAUUAGGGACAAAUUUAGAAUCAUGAGGAGCAAAUUUAUAAAUUCUUUAAAGCUGCUUUGAAACAAUGUCCAUUGUUAAAAACGCCAUACAAAUAAAAAUAAAUUGAUUGGAUUAAUAUUUUAAAGAGAAUAUAUGGAUGUGGAUGUGAUGUGAUGUGUUUAUCCUGCUAACAGGUAAUCAGUAGGAUCUGUACUCUUGUACAUUUGUUUUUUUAAUUGUACUGUGGGCAGUGUAUUGUCUUACUAGCCAAUUAAGGUUCAGGGUUACUGAUCAGAAGGUUGGGGGUUCAAAUUGGGCCCUCAAACCUGAACUUCCUAACAAGCUGGGAUAUGCAAGGAAAGAUUUUAAUUAUGUUGUAAUGCACAUGUAAAAGCCACUUAUCUUUCUUUUUUACUAUGUUCUUGAUUGUGUCCAUGACAAAAUGUAAUAAACAAGGUUCAAUAAAUGGUCAUUGUUUUUUCCACUGGUAA